AUGUUUUACCAGGACCUCAGUAAACUCAGUGGACAGGAAGGAAAAGGGUGGGUUAAUGCCAAACAUAUGAACAAAUCCAGUCAGACAGAGAACAAUGAAAACACUGAUUUUAAAGUCCCUCUGUUCCAGUACUGGUAUCUGAACCAGGCCUACAGCAAGGAGAUGCACCUUAUUGAAAGUAAGUAUGGAGUAAACAUUGAAUCUGACGUCUUUGUGUUGAUCAAAAGCAAUUCACAUCAGUCAAUCAAGGAUGAUAACUUAUCUAAAGCUCGAGAAGACUUUCAGGUCUUGGUUCAGAAGAUAGCGACCAACUUAGACUGCAUCUCCAUUCCCCACUCACACCUGGAAUCAGAUAUUGUAAAAGAGACAAUGAAACACAUCCAGACAGAUAAAGCUAGAAUGAUCCUGAGUAUGUCAGCUGAAGAUUGCAAGCUUUUAGCACCACAACAACAGGCAUCCAUGGUUGCAAGAAGGUUGGGAGUGGGCAGAAAAGAGGAUAGAUCAGAAUCAGAUUUUUCUAAGACAGCUAGACACUUGAUAAUGGAUGAAAAGGACCCUCAACUGUCCUCUGAACUCUCAAUGAGCCAAAUCCAUUGGGAUCUGAUCAGAAUUACUCAUGAAAAGGAGAUCGAGGAUAUCAUAAAUAAUUUUGGGGUGGUGUUCCAGAGUAGUGAGCCCUCCCCAGGGACUGUGAAGGUUACAGUUCAACCCAGAAGAGAGAACUUUGAAGAUCUUAAAAUCCAUGCACUUAGAGCCCUUACACAUCUCUACCAGAAAGUUGCCAUGGCAACCGUCACUUGCACUAUGAGGAGCCCUGCCCCUGAAUCUAUAGUCCAGACAAAAGAGAUCAUUCACUCUGGUCACCCCUUUGUUGGGAUAGAGGAGAAAAAUGGAUCUUAUAGGUUGGUUGGUCUGCCUGUGCACCUAGGUCCUGCUGUUACUGAAGUAGAGAAAAUACUUUCACAUCCUGUGUUUCAUGACAAAGAGAAACAAAUGACUGGAUACUAUGAGUCUGAGGAAUCAAAGGCAAUAAAAAUGGACGAUGGAGAAGAAGAGACAUGUCCUAUUUGUAUGGAUCAUUUUAAAACCAAAGAGAAGCUAAUCUGUGGUCAUGGCUUCUGCAGAGAGUGUGUGUGGCGCUCAGUGGAAAGCAUGGGUCCCAUCUGUCCUGUAUGUAAGAAGGUCUUUGGGAAAGUGGAAGGAAACCAGCCUGAUGGUACCAUGAACACUUAUGUGUCGGUUUCCAAGCUCCAAGGAUUUCCUGACUGCAAUACAAUUGUAAUUGAUUAUUCCAUACCAAAUGGUAUACAGACGGAGAAGCAUCCUAAUCCAGGAAAACGUUAUUAUGGGACAAAAAGACAAGCAUACUUACCAGACAAUGAGGAGGGAAGACAUGUGCUCAGGUUGCUGAAAAGAGCAUUUGAUCAGAAACUUAUCUUUACUGUUGGGACCUCAAGGACCACUGGUAGAGACGAUUCAGUGACAUGGAAUGACAUCCAUCAUAAGACCAGCCGAUACGGAGGACCACAGCGUUAUGGCUACCCAGACCCUGACUACUUGAAGCGGGUGAAAGAGGAACUGAAGGCAAAGGGCAUUGAAUGA